AUAAAAUUUGAAUAUUGUUUAAAAAGUAUUUAAAUUCGAACAUAACAAUCUUGUCGAAAUCUAACCAGUGUAGACUCCAAAUUAGAACUAUCUAUCUGCCUUAUCUACACAAUUCUAGUACGUUAUGAACUGUCAAAUUUUAUCAUUGCCAACUUAUAAUUGCCAAAUACAUGUGUCAAAAUAAUUGCAUCUGUGUCUGGCAGCAAUUUUUCUUUGUAGAACGACGGGUAAUCUAUCAAAAAUCGAACAAUAGAUUGGAACACCAUUGAAAAAUAUGAUGGCUGUUAGAAACAUUUUUUUGAAUGCCACCCGUCGUGGGUUUUCUACAACUGCUAAAGCUUUAGCAGCGCCUAAACAAUUAACAGUCCGAGAUGCAUUAAAUAGUGCAUUAGAUGACGAGAUUGCACGUGACGAGCGUGUCUUUCUUUUGGGAGAAGAGGUGGCCCAAUAUGAUGGUGCAUAUAAGGUUUCUCGCGGUUUAUGGAAAAAAUAUGGAGAUAAACGAAUUAUAGAUACUCCCAUUACCGAAAUGGGCUUCGCGGGUAUAGCUGUCGGUGCUGCCAUGGCCGGAUUACGGCCUGUAUGCGAAUUUAUGACCUUCAACUUUUCUAUGCAAGCCAUAGAUCAUGUUAUUAAUUCCGCAGCUAAAACAUUCUACAUGUCAGCUGGCAAGGUAAAUGUGCCUAUUGUGUUUCGUGGCCCAAAUGGUGCUUCUGCUGGAGUAGCUGCUCAACAUUCACAAUGUUUUGGUGCAUGGUAUUCACACUGCCCUGGACUGAAAGUGGUAUCACCAUAUGAUUCUGAAGAUGCUAGAGGUUUGUUGAAAUCUGCAAUUCGGGAUCCUGAUCCAGUUGUUGUUCUUGAAAAUGAGCUGCUAUACGGCACUCCAUUCCCUGUUGACGAAAAAAUGAUGGGUAAGGAUUUCCUUAUCCCCAUUGGUAAAGCAAAAAUUAUGAAACAAGGCAAACAUGUGACAUUAGUGGCGCACUCCAAGGCUGUCGAAACUUGCCUCUUGGCACAUGCAGAAUUGGCUAAAAAAGGCAUUGAUGCUGAGAUCAUUAAUUUACGAUCACUUCGUCCAUUAGACACUGAGGCUAUCUUCAAUUCAGUAAAAAAAACUCAUCACUUAGUGACUGUAGAAAAUGGUUGGCCACAGAGCGGCAUUGGUUCUGAAGUGUGUGCCCGAAUUAUGGAAGAUGAGACUUUCUUCCACUUGGACGCUCCUGUGUGGCGUUGCUGUGGUGUUGAUGUGCCAAUGCCUUAUGCUAAGACUCUAGAACAGUUUGCCAUACCACAAGUUCCUGAUAUCGUUGAGGCAGUAACAAAAGUUAUUGGAAGUAAAAAACCAAAAUAAUUCCACAAAUACAGGGAGAUAAUAACUUCAAAACAUGAAUCAAAUAUACGAAAAUAACCUGGCAUUACAUUGUUAAAAAAAAAAUUAGAAAACGAACACACAUUUCCGAUUUUGAAAUUGGCAAAAUAUUUUAGAAACGAAAUUUAAGUUAAUUUAUUUUGAAUAUUAUAUAGGCGAUUUGUAUAGGAAAAAUUUUGUUAAAUAAACAUAGCUAAUUAUGAUUCGUAAGAUUGGAUUAAA